UUGCAGCAUUUGUCUGCAGUACAGCAAAAAAACCUUGGGAUCCACUGCCUGGUGCCUUCUGUGUGAGCCAGGGCCUCUUUCCAGUAUCUCAGUCUUGUUGGUUUGGCUUUCCAAAUGCUGUUGAUAAUACCUGGCCUGCGAGAUACUGUGAGCACAAGUGAUAGCAUGGGUGUGAGAGAAGGGCACAGAAUUAGCUCUCAAUAGCUAGUAUCUGUUUUUGUUUGUUUGUUAUUUUAUAGCACUCUAGCCAGCCGUUGAUUCUGCUCUCAGAGCCUGUUCAAAGUGUUGCUUCACUUGGCUAUGAAAACUCAGAGGGGAAGAGACUGAAGGAGGCCACAGAGGAAGGGCCUUACAAUCUAGAGCGGAGAGGAGCUGUCCUGGACUCCACCAGCUGAGGGACCAAUGGGACCAGCAACGUUGCUCAGAUGACCUCAGGAGACUUGCUGGUCCAGCCAGACAGGUCCACAUUUGAAUCACCAUGGAGGAUACCCAGGAGCCUUAGACAGUGGCGUUUGCCCUUGAGUAAGGUAAAGACUCCAGUGGGAACAGGAGGAUGCCCAGUCCCCAAGUCUGGACAGAGCGUUCAACCUGCAAACAUGGUUCCUGCCAUCCAGAGUCUACAGCCCCUGGAAGGAUCUAUACUAAUCAAGUGACCACGCAAAUAAAGAUAAAACAACAGCUGGUUCGUGAGGGAGAGGGAGGUGAGGCUGCAAGGACAUGUAACCUGGGUCCUCUCAGGAGGCAAAAGUGCAGCCAGCCCUGAGGAGGAGCAGGUGUAUAAAAGGCCCUGGAAGAGCGUCUGUCUGGAAAGCUGAGCAUCAGCACAAGGCGAGGCCCAAGAGGUGGACAGAGCUGGACCAUGUAGGCCCGGUCAGCCACACCCGGGGUUUAAUCCUGGGAAGAAUGGGAGCUGGUAGAGGGCUUUAUGUGCCGACAAGCCAGGACUGGAUUUCCAUUUUGAAGAGUUUGCUCUGGCUGAAGGAGUAACCGGCUCAGGGGGAGGCAGGUGGGGAGCCAAGAGUGGGUGCUGGGCAUCCACAAGAGGCUGUUGCUGGAGGUGGGCCAACCCGAUGGUGACUUGGGCCUGGGCAGAGGCAGAAGGGAUGGAAGAAGGGGAGGAUGGGGUCGAUAUUUAGGAGCUGGAAUCAAGAGGUUGAGUGAAUACUGUGACUCCCCCAAAGACCCCUGUUUAAGUACACUUGCUAGCCGAGAAGCAUUAACGUGUUAGCGUGAAGAGGUGCCCACAUUAGCAGGAUGUCUCUUUACACUAAGUCCAUUACCAGAGGUGCUAGUGAAGGGGGCAAAGAAGGAAGUGGGUGAAGGGCUGCAUGGGCAGAUGAAGUGAAGGACACAGGCGCCAGGGGGCAGCACAAGAAUCUUGGUACCCAGUCCCUACAGAAAAUAAGAUUAGCCACUUCCUACUGAGCCUGGGGUCAAGUCACUUUGCAGCUUCUUGUUCAAGCGUGUGCUUCUGUCCGUGGAGGUAAGGACACCUGUGCUGCACACCCAGUGCUACUGUGAGCAUGGCAGAUUGGAUAACUUUGAGGGACCUGCCAACCCAAAGCAUCUAGGAAAGGCACUUGACCAUGUCUCAGGCUGCCCUGAGAAUGAGGCCAACUUCCAGUAAUCCACCCUGGGACCUGGGGUCCAGGGAGAAGGUGGAGCCCAGGGAGCUGGACUGGAGACCCGUGUCUGCAGUCAGGAUUGAUUCUAAAGGCCAAGAUGGGGCAGCCCUGGCUGCUGUCCUGUGUGUGUCUUAGGCGCCUGGAGCUCUAGGCUCUGGUGGAGCAGCAGCUAGAUUUAGACUGUAACCAUCUCUAGUGGUUGACAGAGCACAUAGUAUUUUAUGCCAUGAGGCACCCUCGUGGUUUGUGGGAGAAACACAUGCUUUGGGGCAGGUCCCUCCAACUACUCCCAGCUGGUCUGGGAGACAGAGCCGGAAGAACAUCUGCUUUCUGCUUCACUUCUGGUUUCUCCUUAGCCACUCUGAGUCUCAGUUUCCUCAUCUGUAACCUGGAGACGACCCCCUGUGCCAGCUGAGUCGCUCUGACAGUGGGACACACUUUAGGCACUGGGUAAUGGGAGUUGCUGCUGGUAGUCUGAAGUCAAGCCACUUGUGGGUGUGGAGUGUAAGCUCUGGGUUUGGCGACGCCUGAAGAGGGUUCUUCUGCCCCCUCCACGUAAGCAAAUUGCUGACAGUGGCAAAGCCACGUUGCCAUGUUUAUGGGGAAACUGCUUUGGUUUCGCAUUUAAAAGGAAAAAGAUACUUGGGUUCGGUUUAGUCUAGGGUUUGGCAAAUGCGUGUGGCUGGGCGGCCGCUGGGAUCGGGGUCCGGGAACAUGCAACUAGCCGGGCGUUAGGACCCGGAGCGCGUCUGCCGGACCGGCGAGUCCAGGUCCCGGAGCCGCGGGAGGAGAGGCAUGAAUGAGAGGCUGGAGGGGUUCGCGGCUGAAAGGGCUGGCGGCGGAAUAGCUCUGCUGUCGCCAGGCAACCGUCCUGACGCAACGCAAAAAAAAAAAAAAAAAAAGUCCCUUAAAAAAAGAAUAGUGCUGAGAAUUCACGGGAGCACGAGAGAGGAGGCAGCAGCCGGCUUAGACCCCGAGGCCGGGGCUAGAAGCUGCGGAACGGGGAGCUCGUGUCCUGUGGAGGAGGCGGGGACCUUGGUGACACCCCGGGAAGGAGCCUCUGAGCACCCUGGAAGGUGUGGAAGCAGAAGCUUUGGGUAACACACUGAGGUGUAGCACAGGACAUUGCAGACUGCCCUGCGCUGAGAGGUGCACCCGGGGCCCUUACUGGCCAGCGGCUUCUGGCUUCUCGCCACCUGCCCUUCCCCACGAGGAGGAGCUGCUUCCCCACCCAUCUCUGAUCCGUCUGCAUCUCCGGGACUGAUAGAUCUUCUUGGCAAAGCUGCCCCCAAAGAUUCCUGCUAACGCUUGUCUGUUCCUGCCUUUUGCGAAGCAUGGCGCCCACAGGAUUUUGGAAAGAAUCUUAAACUCCGGAAAGAGCAGCUCGACAGUGGCUCCGGAGGGUGCUCUGUGCGGCUCAUCCCCAGUCCCUCUUGGCUCCGGGAGCUGCUCACAUCCCAGCGAUGCCCUUAGGAGCCUUGGCCCCAGCUGGGUGACAUCACUCCAGAGCGGGCACCAACCUUGCCUAACCCGCUGGGACUCCCUUAUCACCUCCACCACCUCCCAUGUCUGACGGCUUCUGCAGACUCUAGAAUGUCUGUACCCCAGAUCCAAGUGGAAGAAGAAGAGGGGCUGGCAGGGGCUGCCCCACCUCCUGAUGACCACCUCCGGAGCCUGAAAGCCCUCACUGAGAAACUGAGGCUGGAGACCCGCAGGCCCUCCUACCUAGAAUGGCAGGCCAGGCUGGAGGAGCAGGCAUGGCCCUUCCCCAGGGCAGCUGCUGAGCAGGGGGCACGCGGGGAGGAAGAGCCCUCCCCACCGAGAGAGCCCAGGCAGCAUCCCCCGCCUCAUGACAGUGCCAGCCAGGACGACGGGACCCGGCCCACAGGCAAGCUGGAGGGCUUUGAAAACAUCGACGAAGCCAUAGCCUGGCUCAGGAAGGAACUGAUGGAGAUGCGGCUACAGGACCAGCAGCUAGCCAGACAGCUCAUGCGUCUGCGCAGUGACAUCAACAAGCUGAAGAUCGAGCAGACCUGCGACCUCCACAGGAGGAUGCUCAAUGAUGCCACCUAUGAGCUGGAGGAGCGCGACGAGCUGUCAGACCUCUUCUGCGACUCCCCGCUGGCCUCGUCCUUCAGUCUCUCGACGCCACUCAAACUCAUCGGAGUCACCAAGAUGAACAUCAACUCCCGGAGGUUCUCCCUCUGCUGAGAAGCCCCGGAACUGGACAGAGGAGCCAGAACUGGGGGUUUUGGAGGCAGGGAGGAGGGAUGAGAAGGGGGUUGAGGCCGAGUUACCCCACAGGCAGGACUUCCCUGAGACCGGUGAACCCUGGACCCCCAGGAUCUGUCAGCAGGUGAUCGCCCCAGUUUCAGAGCCCAACAUCCCCAUGACCAGUUCUCACCUAAUACCCAAAGAGUCUUGCAGAAGGGCCACUCCACCCAGAUGUCCAAUGAGACCUGGGUUGCCAGCAUGUCACAUCUCAGUCCUCCCCUCAGUGACCCAUAUUCUUGUUUCAUGGAAUCACUGGUGCUAUGAGACCUGGGAUCCCAAAUGGGGGGCCCCAAAGCCGUGAUUCUUGCCAAAGGCUUCCCCACAGGCCCUGAGCCACCAGGGAGAGGUGACUAGAUGUGUCAGAUGUGCCCACCUCGCUGUGGCUGUCCUUUAAGUACCGGCUCGAAUUCUCCCUUAAAUAGGUGACUCAACAACCUUGACAGGGACCCACCAGAGGAUGAAAACCAAAAGGAUGCAAUGUAAGUUGUAUCCAUGUUGUGCCAGAGUCAUUUCGGCGGAGCAAGCACAGAAGCCCCUGUUGCCUGCCUGGCCACAAGCACCAGUCCCAACCUCCAAAGAGUCAGUCCCUUUGCCAUCGCCCCACCUCCCUGGGGGAGUGCCUAGGAGACCACUGGUGCCUGACCAGGCAGCUCUGUCAGUGAGUUUCCCGUAACUGAAUUCUCCCCGGGGCCAGCCAAGGCCUCCCGGUGGAUUCUGACAAUGCCACCUACGUCACCUUAUUGCCCUCCCCAGAAAAACUCGAGGGAGCCCAGACGCUUGCCCUGAGCUCUUCCGAGAUUCUGUGCCUAGUUUAAAUGACUAAUUUUAACUGAAUCAGACUGUUACUAAUCUGUCACUAACCUGUUGAUAACUGUUUGAUUUUUGUCCUAAUGGCAAAGCCAGAUGGGUAGGUAAAGUAUAGAGGUUCAGGAUUUUAUUUUAAAAGGUUCUUCCUAAUGCCAAGCAUGAGGAUCAAGAAGGUGAGGACUGCGGCCUGAUCGGGUUAGGGAAGUUAGCCUGGGAGAGGGCCACGAGUCCGUGUUCCCGCCAGCUGGGAGUCUCUGACCUUUGGUGUCAUUCAGUUGGUCGAGGCCUCUCCUUCACAAAGAAGUACAGUGAGGCCAAGGAAAAAGAGAAUGACUUCCCUCCAGCUACACAGCUCCUUAGUGGCCAUAGAAUAUUGAUGUGUUAAAUCAUUAUUGAUAAUGCCCGGACAGAUCCCAUAUCAAUGAACUUGAACUCCAAAGAUGGUCCUAAAUGCUUUGCCAAACUCUACAAACUGCCAGCCUCUACUCUCCACCUCAUUCGGUCCUGACUAGCACCUCCCAUUUUGCAAUUCAGAAUAUUUGGGUCUCACUCGGAGCAAUGUCUGGACAGCAGACCCACAGAACACACAUUACCAAUCAUCAAUCGUCAAGGUAAAGUGUCCUGCUGCCCUGGCGUGCCUGUUUCGUCUUCCCAUAUAACCUCCCCGGGGCCCAUGUGUGUGUGCACGUGCGCACAAACACACACACACAAACACACCCCAGGACCCACACUGGGAAAAGGUGUUUUUUUUUCCUAUGGCCUGGGAGUGGAAAGAUGCAAAUGAAUAGUCUCUAGUUUGACAGAAAAUAAGUUGGUCUGUUCCUUGUGAUUUCAAAGAGCUGGAGGGGGUAUGCUCCCUUCAAAGAAGUUUUAACCACAAGGCCAAGUUUGUUUUGGCCCAACGCUGAGCAGUGACAGAGGGCUGAGCCCCAGAGCACUCAUUUAUGGAGACCUCGGAGGAAGGCCAGCCCCCUCGGGGGCUGGAAAUGGGGGAUUUUCUCUGCUUGGUGAUUUCUCACCUUAGGAAUCCGUACAAGCACUGCCAGGGCUCACGGAGGCAAGCGUUCCUGCCAGCCUUCUUCCAGACCCCGAGAUCAUGUGGUGUCAGGGGGGCCUACGCACGCUCACCACACCCGCCGCAGACACACACACAUGUACACGUACAUAGGAAAGCUCAUUCCAUAUUCAGGGGGAAAAAAGGCCAACCUGAUUUUGCUUCUUUCUAGAAAUCAGUCAUCUCAGUAACAAAAAAAGUUGGAAUCAACUACAGUUGAAUGAUUUAGUUGAAUUUCAUCAACCCAAUUGAAUUGGAGUCAGCUGGGCAAUUUAGUUGCUCAGUUAGCUUAAUGCUUACUUUUCCCCCCGCCUUUUUUUUUU